AUGGACAAAGUUCAGGAGAUGCUCAAGGAUAUGGAAGAGAGUGGUGUAAAGGCUGAUUGUGUGACGUAUAACACUUUGAUAUCCUAUUUUAGUAAAGCAGGGAAUUUUCAAACUGCUCAUGCUAUGAUGAGAAAGAUGAUUAGAGAUGGACUGGUGCCUACUGUUGUUACCUAUGGAACUUUGAUACAUGCUUAUUGCUUAAACGGAAACGUAGAAGAAGCCAUUAAGAUUUUCAGAGACAUGGGUGUUCGAUCGAAAGUAACAGCAAAUACUGUAAUCUAUAACAUUCUUAUAGACUCGUUGUGCAAGAAUAGAAAUGUUGAAUUUGCUCUUUCCCUGAUGAAUGACAUGGGAGUCAAAGGCGUCAGGCCCAACACCAAUACAUACAAUUCUAUCUUUAAAGGCCUGAGAGAGAAUAAUUGGUUGGAGAAGGCAUUUGAAUUGAUGGAUGGAAUGACUGAGCAUGGGUGCAAUCCUGAUUAUAUCACCAUGGAAAUUCUUACAGAGUGGCUCACCGCAGUCGGCAAAACAGAAAAGUUGAAGAAAUUCAUGCAAGGAUACGAGGUUUCUGCUCCAUCUCAUGGAAUAGCUGCAACCAGGUGA